AUGGUAGAGACUCUUUGGCCGUCACCAGAUGUGAUAGCCUCGUGGCCCUCACCUAACUUCGUCGAUCCUGCCAACAGAGGUCCUGGGCUUAUAUACGUUGCCAUCAUCUUCACGACCGUAGGACUUUUCGUGGUGGCUGCACGACUCUACAGCCGAUACUUCAUAACAAAAGCUCCUGGGAUUGACGACUUUCUCAUUGUACUUGGCGCUGCCUUUGGAAUCGCAUUAUCUGUGAUCACAAUCAUUGGCAAUAAGACAUAUCAUUCAGGCUAUCAUAUAUGGGACAUACCCCUUUCUUUGGCACCUGGCUCCCGUCUGAACAGUUGGGUCGGCCAAUAUCUUUACCUCUGGGGAACUGGAUUUAUCAAAAUUUCUGUCCUAUUGUUUUAUCGUCGAAUUUCAAUCUCAUUCAAUCGACCGUUCUUCUGGGCAGUAUGGGCUGGCAUCGGCUACAAUGUCGCUCAGGUUGUGGCAUUUUCUGUCGCACUUCUAACGAUAUGUCAGCCCACGUCCGCAUACUGGUUGUCAUUCGAUCUUGUAUGGUUGAUCAAGCACAACGGGAAUCGCCACUGCACGUAUGAGGGCUGGUCGCUUACGAUGUCCGGCAUUUUCAGCAUUAUCGGCGAUCUCUAUGCCACACUUCUACCUUGUCUUCUCAUCAUGAACUUACGAAUGCCACGCCGGAAGAAGAUAGCCGUGGCUGUUUUGUUCGCUGCGGGCUUUGCAGUGGUGGGAGUUGGCAUUGGCCGGACGAUAAUGAUGAACCGUGUUGUUGAGCAUGACUACGAUUACACCUGGAUUCUCUGGGACGCUUGGAUCUGGUCUAUCACUGAGCUCUGGACUGGUCUCAUUGUUGCAAGCGCACCAAGUCUGAAGCCUUUCUUCAACAAGGUCCUCUUCGAGCCGCUUACAAGUGUCAUUAAUUCUAGCACUUUCUCUGCUUGGAGACAUAGAUCGACGUCAGUCAACGACGUUCGGCCGACUUCACACAAUGGUACCUCAUGGUCCUUCAUGCAGAACGAUAAGCCGUCCCGCCAGACGACAGAGACAGCCACCAUCCGAACAGAAAAUAGCGACUGCAUAUUCACAUUCCAGAAGCACGAGAUGAAGUGGCCUAUGCCUCCACUAUCGGUCGACAUGGAAAAAGGGGUUCAUGAUACUAUCCCCACAACUACAAAAAUGCUACCAGUCCCAGCCAUGGAAGGCUUCCGCUAUAUUGGUGGUGGACGCUGCUGGUCCACAGUAGGACCACCGCAACGGUCUUCCAGUCGACUGUCUAGCAACGUGGCAAGCAAGCGAGGCAGUGAUUUCCGAAAGGGCAUUGGCCAUCGGUACUUCAGGUCGACGGCUUCGUCGAGCAGCGGCCCAGGCAGCCCAGUAGAAUCACAACGACAUUCGAGGAGUGGUCAUAGCAGAAUCUCGUCGAUCAAUACCGACAUCUACUGCUCCCAGCCAAUCGCGCCACAUCUUGAGACACACAACGAACAAGAUGACAGGGAACAGCAAGUCGGUCAUGCUUUGAGCAUUGACCGUACCGUCGAGUGGGCAAUAGUGAACGAGGAGGAGUUCUGCGCUCGCCAACAGCUGUGA